AUGCGCUACACAGCUCCUCUCGCCCUUGCUUUCGCAGCCUCAACUGCUCUCGCCUCUCCAUCUAACUCUCUUUAUGUGAGGGAUAGCAACGAUAACGACAACGAUAACGACCACAGUCAGAUUAAUAUUUUCAAAACCGCUAAUAAACGAUGGGACGGCGCCAUCUGCAAGGGGAAAGUAACUCCAGCGACAUUUCCAGGCUUAGUAACUCCCUCAGAGGAUGGAGGAUGCGUUCGCUACUACCAAGGCAUCGAUAUGACCGGCGUCGUUACUACUGUAAACAUAUACUUCCCUACUGUUAAAAGCGCGUGCGACUGUAUAGGGUUAUGCAUCAAAAAUAUCACGACCUGCACGAACUGGGUCUUCAAGCAUACGUUUGCUCCAGAUAAUCUCGAUCACGGUAAACGCACCUGCACUCUUUACUCGUCCCCAAAUCUUCCAACGGAAGUCACACUUGCGUAUGACCUUUCAGGCAGCGUUAACUUCGCCGAACUCGGGGCCAAUCCCCAGGUGGGAGGGCCCGCUCCGCUCACGUUCACCAAUCCUGCGUCAACUCAGCAGGAUAUGUUUGGAGUAUCGGGUUUCAUCGCCCAGGAUCAGAAUUCCAACAUAUACUGUUGA